AUGAGCACUCAGUCCCCAUGCGCACUACUAGAACUGUCAAUUGAGAGCUUGCUGAGGGAUGAAGCCCUGGCCAAGGAUGCUGUGGAAGAUUUGCCCAGGGAGCUCUUCCCACCAGUGUUUAUGGAGGCCUUCACCAAGGGCCUCAUAGAGGUCUUGAAGGUCAUGGUGCUGUCCUGGCCCUUUCCCUCCCUGCCCUUGGGAGCCCUGAUGACCAUGAGCAAACCAGGGACAGUGGACACUCACAAAGAUGCUAUGAGAGUACAGAAAAGAAUUUUGAAAGCUGUUCUGUAUGGACUUGAUGUGCUGCUGAGCCAGAAGGUUUACUCAAGGAGGUUGAAACUACAAGUGCUGGAUAUGCAAGACAAGCAGAACUUCUGGAGAACCUGGGCUGGAAACCAGGUGGAAGCCUGCUCCUCAGAAGCUAUGGAGAUGAGAAAAACAGGGAAGAGUGGGACAAGAGAAACAAACCAGAAGACCCUGAAGGUCAUUUUAGAUCUAUGGAUCAAUCAGGAUGUUGUGUGCCCAUUGACAUCCUACCUCCUCAAGUGGGUGCAUGAUAGGGGAGAUCUGGUGCAGCUGGAAUAUAAGAGGCUGUAUGUGACUUCCAUGUGCAUUCACUGUGUCACAGACCAGCUGCAAAUGGUUAACUUUGAAUCUGUCCUGGAGGUGGAAGUGGGUUACUGCUGGACACUCUUUGACUUAGCUGAUUUUGCCACUUACUUGCGCCAGAUGCGAAAUCUUUACAAACUCACGCUCUCUGAUAUCUCUGAGCCUGCCUUCACUUCCCGAGUGAGGAGAGAUCAACUGAUCACCCAAAUCACCUCUCAGUUUCUUAAGCUCCACUGUCUGCAAGAGAUUUAUAUGGUCUCUGUCUCCUUUCUGAAAGAUCACUUGGACCAGGUACUCAGGUGCUUGCCGACCCCCUUGGAGACCCUCUCUGUAACUCAUAGCCAGCUUUCACACUCUGACUGGAACCAGCUGCCCUGCUCUGAGCAGACCAGACAGCUGAAACACUUUGAACUGUGUUGUAUCAGUCUGACUAAUUUCAGUCCUGAGCCCCUCCAGAUUCUGCUAGAUAAUGUUGCGGCAACGCUGACCACCCUACAUCUGGAAAACUGUGGGAUCACAGACGCACAGGUCUGCGCCUUUCUGCCUUCACUGAGCUGCUGCUCCCAGCUCACUGCCUUGUGCUUUGUAGGGAAUUUCAUGUCUGUAGGCACCAUGAAGAACCUGCUGAGCCACACUGCCAGGAUGAGCAACUUAACCCUGGAGCUGUACUCUCCUCCUCAGGAGGUUCAUGUUCCCAGGAAUGGUGACCUCCAGCAGAUACAAGAACCACUUAGGAGGAUGAUGAGGACACUAAACUAUCCCAGGACAGUGUGGUUUUGUGUUCAUCAAGAAAGUGGUCAUAACCACCCUGUCUAUAACCUGCGCCCUAGUCCAUGCCCCACCUGUAUCCUCAUCUAG